AUGGACGAGCGCCUGAGCUUGCUCCGCUCCCCGGCCGCCUCCGCCGCCGGCCGGCACCCGCGGGCCAGCAGCCACCGCAACCUGGGCUACAGCGAGCAGCCGCCCCCCGGCGCCCCGGGCGCCCGCCGCGAGGAGGAGGAGGAGGAGGAGGAGGAGGAGGAGGAGGGCGAGGAGGCGGAAGGAGGCAGCAUGACCGUGGUGGUGGGCGGCAGCGGCGGCGGCGGCGACCCCUCGCCGGAGGAGCCGCCGCAUCCUGCCCCGCUGCUCGGCGCCGGCGAGCGCUACGACGCGGCGCUGCCGGCCGCCGCCGCCGCCGCCUCCGCCGGGCCCCCCGGGCCAGGCGGCGAGCACGAGUGCUGCGAGCGCGUGGUGAUCAACAUCUCGGGCUUGCGCUUCGAGACGCAGCUCAAGACGCUGGCGCAGUUCCCCGAGACGCUGCUGGGCGACCCGCGCAAGCGCAUGCGCUACUUCGACCCGCUCCGCAACGAGUACUUCUUCGACCGCAACCGGCCCAGCUUCGACGCCAUCCUCUACUACUACCAGUCGGGCGGGCGCAUCCGGCGGCCCGUCAACGUCCCCAUCGACAUCUUCUCCGAGGAGAUCCGCUUCUACCAGCUGGGGGAGGAGGCCAUGGAGAAGUUUCGGGAGGACGAGGGCUUCAUUCGGGAGGAGCAGAGGCCGCUGCCCGACAAGGAGUUUCAGCGCCAAGUGUGGCUCCUCUUCGAGUACCCGGAGAGCUCUGGGCCGGCCCGAGGCAUCGCCAUAGUCUCUGUCUUGGUCAUCCUCAUCUCCAUCGUCAUCUUCUGUCUGGAGACCCUGCCUGAAUUCAGGGAUGACCAUGACUAUGAGGGAACCGGAGGGACCUUUGGGACGGGUGGUGGCCCUUUUCCAUCUGACGUCUUCACCAACUCCUCGUCCUCGGCUACUUCCAUGGUGUCGUCUUUCACCGACCCUUUCUUUGUGGUGGAGACUUUGUGCAUCAUCUGGUUCUCUUUCGAGCUGCUCGUCCGCUUCUUCGCCUGCCCCAGCAAGGCCACCUUCUCCAAGAACAUCAUGAACAUCAUUGACAUUGUGGCCAUCAUUCCCUACUUCAUCACACUGGGCACUGAGCUGGCCGAGAGGCAAGGGAAUGGCCAGCAAGCCAUGUCCUUGGCCAUUCUUAGAGUCAUCCGGCUGGUCAGGGUCUUCCGCAUCUUCAAGCUCUCGCGGCACUCCAAGGGGCUGCAGAUCCUGGGGCAGACCCUCAAGGCCAGCAUGCGGGAGUUGGGUUUACUAAUCUUCUUCCUCUUCAUCGGCGUUAUCCUCUUCUCCAGCGCUGUCUACUUCGCAGAAGCUGAUGACCCCAGUUCGGGUUUCAGUAGCAUCCCGGAUGCCUUCUGGUGGGCCGUGGUGACCAUGACCACGGUGGGCUAUGGGGACAUGCACCCUAUCACUAUCGGGGGUAAGAUUGUGGGCUCUCUCUGUGCCAUCGCGGGGGUGCUAACCAUCGCUCUCCCAGUGCCCGUCAUCGUCUCCAAUUUCAACUAUUUCUACCAUCGGGAGACCGAAGGUGAGGAGCAAGCCCAGUACAUGCACGUUGGCAGCUGCCAGCACCUCUCGUCCACCGAGGAAAUGAGGAAGGCUCGCAGCAAUUCCACCCUGAGCAAGUCGGAGUACAUGGUGAUAGAAGAAGGGGGGAUCAACCACAGUGCAUUCAAACAGGCUGCCUUUAAGACAGGCAACUGCACAACCACAAACAAUCCCAACUGUGUGAACAUCAAAAAGAUCUUUACGGAUGUGUAA